CCCAUAGUGAAAUCUCUAAAAACAUCUUAUUAUUUUCCUGAACAAAUAUCAAAUACCAAUUAAUCCGUUCCUCUUCUACUAACAUCGUUUAUAUUACAGAUUUUAUUAUUUUUAUUAUUAUUUGUAAUAUUAAAGUUACGAAAACUUGUUAGACUUUUAAAAAUUUACUAAUAUUAUUACGUGAAUCCAAAAGCAAUGAAUAAAAUUUGUUCUUUCCUCGCUGAUAUUGUUCUAAUUAUUACACAUGGUAGGUGAACUACCUCUAUGCUUCAAGUUUCGACAGCCAUUUCUUGUAGUAUUCAAAUUGUCAUAUUAUCUAAGAUUAAGAGAAUUUAAUUUUUCGGCAAACCAAAUGUCAUCUUCAUCCAAGAGAAAAGUUUUGCUUGAAGACACAGUUGUGGCUACUCCCAUGCCCCAAGCAUCAUCUACAGUGGACAAGUACAAAAUGAAUUGUUACGGAAAAGAAACGAUACCAGGUAGAGCUCCAGAAAAAAAUACACUAGAAAUCGGAGAACUUGCUUUGCAACGGAGGAAAGCAGCUUUAUCUGAAUUGGAAAGAAAAUUGGAAUGUAUUUCACCUUAUUGGAGUGAAGAACAACCUCUAAAGACUACCAAAAGUUCUAGCUCAUUGUUUGGUGAUUCGACAUUGGGAAUGAGUCAUCCAUCCUUUUUAAAAAUGGAUGCAUUAAUGGAAGAAAGUGGUUUCACAAAUUUGUAUAACGAGUCAGAUUUAGAACAUGAAGAAAGAAAGAGACUUAAAAAUUCCAGCUAUCUACCUUCGAGUCAAGUGGAUUUCUCUUUCACUGUUCAGAAUAGUAAAAUUGAACCCCCAGAUUUUAUGCCAACGGAAGAUUCCCUGUUUUGUGAGCUUCAAGCUCAUAUUAGCAAGAAAGAUAAAGAAAUUAUUUCAGUGAAGACUAAACGAGAAAUAGAUCAAGAAUUAUCUUCAUCAAAACAUGAAAAUGAAACUAAACAACAGAAUAGUUAUGCUCCUACAAUUGAAGAACUUUCUUCAGCUUUAAAAAAUUGUUUGGAGGAUACUGAUCCAAGAAAGAUUAUGGAGCAGUUGUUAAAAGCUGGGAAAAAUAAAGCACCUGCUGACACUGAAAUCUUGGAACCUGUUAAACGCUGUGUUGUCAACUCUGGUCCAUCUAGUAAUAAAAAGCCAGUUACUUUUGAAGAAUGUUUAGUAUGGUCAAAUACUGAAGUGGGAAAUAGCAGAACAAAGAUUUUGCAUAUUAUCCAUGCCCAAGAAGAAAAACCGGACAAAUACAAGUUUUCAAUUCAAGGGAAUAGCUCAUUUAAAAUUGUUAUUGACUGGCCAAAUUCGUCUUCAUUAAGUUCAUCUGCUUCUGCAUUAAUUGAUAGUGCAGGCUCUUAUGAAUUACCCAUAUUAUUUCAGCCUAAUAAGGUUGGUGAGGCUUCAGGUUAUGUUAUAAUUGAAUCACAAUCAAAACAAACUUCAAAGAAGGUGCGUCUUAAUGCUUUUGGUGGAAAAAGCAAAUUAAUUUUACAUGGAUUUACUUCUGAUCUUUUAUCUAAUGUUCGUUAUCUCACUUUAAAUAAUUCUUUGAAAGUUAUGUUCACAUUGGAGAAUGUUGGCUCAUCCCCAUUGUUUUUUCAUUUUAGUUGUGGCUUACUCCAAGAAAGUUAUGAUAUAAAACCAAAAGUGGGUGUUAUAAAAGCUUAUGCUCUUGUAGAUGUACAUCUUUCAAUGGUUUUUAAAAAUAGUUCUCAUAUUGAAUCAAUAAUCUCUUCUCAAGAAACUUAUAUGAACAUUGGAAGCUUGAAAUUGUUUUAUGGUGAUGAAUCUGCCCGUCUCAGACUUCACAGAUUGCUUUCAAGAUGUAAAGGCCCAGAGUUAAAAUUUGCAAAGGAGAGACAUCCAUUUCUGGUAUAUAAUGAUUUUCCUUCUUCAGAAGUUACUGUGUCUGUGGAUGAUCCUGAAGAAAGUUUUACUGACCUUUUCUAUAGUGGUAUUGAAAAUACGGAAAUACUAAUUAAGGCAGGAAGAAAGGACCUACUUCUAAGUUUAAAAGAUUUAAAUCAGGAGCAUUAUAAACUAUUGUCAAGGAGUCAAUCACUCACUGUGGAGUAUGCUUAAAGCAUAAAUUACUCACAAUAUUAAUACAAAGAGGUCCUAGAGACUCACCUCUUUUUGUGAUUUAGAUGAUAUUUAGGUGGAUAAUUUAUUCCUAUAGGAAAUUUCCAAACAGUUAAAAUGACCAUAGCAAUGAACUGUGAUAAAAAUAAAUUUAAAAAAUAUUGUUGUAAAUGUAGUUACUAUUUCAAAAUUUUUUACAAAUUAAAGUGUAAUUUAGCAACUAUUUUAAUUCAUUUUAUAACCAUGAUUAAUAUAAGACUUCAAUGUGAUAUAUAUGUAUAUGUAAUUCCUAGGUUUUAAUAAGAAGAUUCAAUAGUAAUCAAAGCGGUUUAUGUAUGUUUAAUAGAAUGAAUACAAUUUGCUACCUCUUUUUUAAAUUCUUUACUCAUUCCUUUUUUUCUUUCAGUAGCACUUAUUCC